AUGAGUCGACAAAGAACUUCUACCGACCCACAAAAUGCCCAGCCAAUUGUUGACAUGGCAGAUGCCAUUCAGGCAAUUCACGCAAUGGCUACUGCUAUUGCUCAACAAUCUGCAACUACUAUUCAACAAGCUGGAACUUUUGCCCAACAAGCUGCAAUCCGAGCUCAACGUGAGGCGCUAAGGGAUCAGAGAGAGGAAGUUGUUACUGCUGCGAGAGACCUGACAAGUUUUAAUCGUCAAAACCCACAAAAAUUCAAAGGGGAACAUGACCCGGACAAGGUGGAAUAUGCAACCUUUUUGCUUAGGGCAGAGGCUGAAUCCUGGUGGCAGGGUGCGAAGCAGCUAAUGGAGAGUAACAAUGAAGCACUUAACUGGGUAACUUUUAAACAGAAAUUUAUGGACAAGUAUUUCCCAUCAAGUGCUAGAUCUGAGAAAGAAGCACAAUUCCUCGGACUUUACCAAGGUAAUAUGACUAUCUCUGAGUAUGCUGACAAAUUUGACUCACUAGCCAAAUAUUUCUGCUAUUUUCGUGACCAUGUGGAUGAGAACUAUAAGUGUGAGAAGUUUGAGCAAGGACUCAGAUAUGAGAUUAAGGAAUCUGUGGAGCCCUUGGAGAUUCGUCAGUUCCAAGGACAUGUGAGUACUCAGUGCCCAGAAAGAGCGAGAGUCUGUUAUCUUUGCCAGCGACCGAGACAUUUUGCUAGGGAUUGUCGAGCACCAAGGAGAGAUCAUGUUCCAUCUACCAACAACAAUAAUGAUGAUAUCCACCCUACUGCUAAGGGACGUGCCUAUAACAUUAGAGGAGAGGAAGCUUCAAAUUCCUCAGGAUUAAUUCAGGGUGAGUGUGAAAUUGCAGACAAACUAUUUCUAACAUUAUUUGAUUCUGGUGCUACUCAUUCUUUCAUCUCUGUGGAGUGUGUAAAUUCUGUACAGCUACUUGUUACUUCACUACCUUUUGAUUUGGUGGUCACAAUACCAUCUUCUGAACCUGUAAUACUUAAUGAAGCUUGCUUACAAUGCCCCUUAACUAUCUUGGGCAUGAAAUUCAAAGCCGACUUGAUUUGCAUUUCCCUAAAACAUCUGAGAGUGAUCCUUGGUAUGGACUGGUUAUCUAGUCAUCAUGUUCUUUUGGAUUGUGCUCGAAAGUCUUUAAUCUUUCUAGACCCCGAUGUUUCUCGAUUUCUAAAUAGCAACCGAUUGAAAAUUUCUUUGAAGGGAGGCAUCCAGAAGUAUGUGUUCUUAAAUUCUGUCAGCAUGAAACUAGAAGUGGAGAUUAAUGAGAUACAAGUGGUAAGAGAUUUUCCAAAGUAUUUCCAUUAG